CAGCGGGUUUCCUCUCAAAAUCUGUGUGGUCCUUAACCAUAUGUCUGACGCCAUAUAACUGUAAAUAAAAAUGUGUUGAGUGCGUCGUUAAAUAAAACAUUUCUUUCUUUCUUUCUGACAAGGAAUAAAUGUAGCACAGGACUAUGUACAGUAACAAAACAGUAAAAAAAACCUUCACUGCCUCCUUAUAAAAAAAAAAAAAAAAAAAAAAACCUUUUCUAUUAGAGUUGUUUCCCUUUAAUAGGAGAUAUUCCCUGAGGGCGCUUUUUGACAGGUGGGAGCGGAAACUAAAAGUUUCGGAAGUUGUGUUUGUGUUGAUGAAAUGAAAAGUACAACGUUAACUGAUUUUAAAACUGCAGAUAAGUAAACAAAGGUGUUGUAGUUACUGCAACCCAAAAAUGUCUGUGAUUCCCGGUUUACCACCAUUGCCUGCAUGUUUCAGCGGUUUAGUAGGGUCGGACACAUCCCAGUCGCGUGAAACUGAGAAAUUCCUUUCACCGCACGCACAAUCUUCAGUAGAGGAACAGGCAAACAGAGAGGACACCUCUUCGCAAAACUGUGAUGUUGUGAGAAACGGUUCAGAUAGUAAUACAAACAGGAACCUCUGUAACGGAGAGGCGAGCAGUGAUAGGUCUCCUUUUUGUCAACUGAACACAACAUUGACAAAACUGAGGAAGGAAAUGGUUGACUUGAGACAGAUGGACGUGUCUCUGCUCUGUCAGCUGUGGUCGCUGCACGAGUCUAUACAGGACUACAAGACGGUGCUGCAGGACAACUACUCUGAAUACUCGUUUGGGACGGAUAUGAGCAGCCGUGCCAGCUCGUUCUCCAGCCUCAACGAGUCGAACGACGAAAGCGACUGGAACGAGCCGGACUACGCCACACAGGACGACCUGACCAUCUACGGACAGUCCAUGCACAGCAGCACAUCCAGUCUCCUGCAGCAGAUCAACGAACUUAAGGAGAGGGUCGACUCGGAGUUUUCAUUCUGUUAAUGAAGGGGACGUGUACAUGUAGUACUUAUUAAUUUAGUGUUUUCCCUACAAGCCAUGCAAUUGCUCAUGACAAUCGGCAAUGCCGUGGAGUUUUUAAUUCUCCACGUUAAUUCUCCUUCCCCCCCCCCCCCACAUGACAUAUUUUUUUGCUAUGGACAUUUUCUUAAUUGCAGGGGUUGCCCUAGAAAUUUGGCAAGACAUGGUAGAGUAGAGAACUUUUUUUAAGACAAAAAACAUUAAUUGAAAUAAAAAUAAAUGUAUUUAAUGUACUUGCUUUAAAAAAUUAAUGGCAAAUAUAUAACAGGCAUAUUUUAUUAAUUAAUAAUGCAUUUUCUGAGUGUUUUAUAAAGGUAAUUUUAGAAAAUGUAUUGAAAAAGGCUUGUUUAAUCUCAGGGCAGCAUGGCACUGACUAAGACAAGAUGGCAUUAUACUAUUGAGGCAUGGUGCUACACCAUGCUAAAACAACCUAGGGAAAACAUUAUAAUGUGUACUAUAUGUACAAUGUAGUCCUUAAUAAUCUGAAUGUUUGAGCAUAAUUGCUUAGAACUAUAUGUGUAUGUAUUUACAGUUGAUAUGCAGGACAUUAACAACAUCACAUCACAGGCACUAUUGUAUGACCAAUCUGUAACUUAGUUUAAUUUAAAAUAUUUUAUUUGUUUCAAUAUAAAAUAGUCCUUUUGUAGUCCUAUAUGAAAAAACUGACUGCAGUUUCACUGUUAAAUAUUGCAUACAACAUGUAUGUGUAUUUAUAAUUUUAUUUUGCUGUAAUAUGGUACCCAUCAUUCAACAAUAAUCUAAUGCAAAAUCCCCCCCAAUGUUUUUUUUAAAAACAAUAUUCAUUCAGACAAGCAUUUUGAAAGUACUGCUAAAGCAAUACAUGUCUCCUACCGGGCCCAACAAGUUCAUAACUCCAUUAAAAAUGGGUAAAUCGCCAUGAAAGUUAAACUUGAUCUGUAACAGUACAUGAUAAACCUAUGCACAAAAUUUCAGCUCUAUCUAAAGGUCGGGGGGACAAAAAGUGUGGAAAACAAAUUUCCACAUCUAAUUUCAAGGGCCAUAACUCCGUCAAAUAUGGGUAAAUCGUCAUGAAAGUCAAACUAGAUCUGUAAAAAUACAUGAUGAUAUUAUACACAAAAUAUCAGCUCAGUAUCUCAAAGCCUUCUGCAAAAAAUAUGUGGGACAGAUGGAUGGACAGACACACAUACGGACGGACACAGAUGAAACCUAUAGUCCCCUCCGGUUGGACUGGUAGGGAACUAAUAAAUGAAGUGAAUCGGCAAACAGGCAACAAGCCUAUAUAAAUGGCUCUCUCCCCCACCCCCACCCCUCCAUGUAAAACAUUUUUAAGGCAAAGACCACACAGGAAUACAUGUAAAUAUUAUAUAACACUUGUCAAUAAUCUUCCACAUUCAUUGCCAUUGUGACAUAAUUUGACCAAUAUUAUUUGAUGUUCUGUUGGUAUUUAUCGUGUGACCAGAAGUAAUUUUUACAUAAAAAUCAUUUUGUUUGGGGCAUUUCAAAUAUUACGUAAUGCUUUAGGUGGGUGAGGGGUGUAAGUCCAAGCAUUAUGUGGCGUUACAAGGGGUGGGGGUGUGUAUUGAACAGCCUUACAUAACACAAUUUUGUUUUCUCUUAAAUGUGCCAUUUCCUUCCAAACUUUGGCAACUUCAAGUUGAACUGUCUUUUUGGACAACUCCGUACCCUUCAAUUAGGGUUUGGUAUAAUUUUUCUUUGUCAACCAUGACGGUGAUCAAUUAAAAUGGCACAAGUGAAAACCUGCAGGGUUUUUUCAUUGUACAGAAAUAUGUCACUUUAAUGACGUCAUUGUAGUACACAUGGGUAUAAAUAAACAUUGCCACAUUGUUUUGUUUGUGUGUUGGGGGGUGGUAUCUCCAAGCAUUACGUAAUAUUUUGGAGGGUGUAUGGCCUAGCGUUACAAGGGAGUGGGUGUCUAAUUUUCACAACAAAAUAGCAUUACGUAAUAUUUGAACGGCCCCAUUAUAGUUAAUAUUAUAAGAGAGCAAAACCAGACGAAAUAUGUUUUACCAAGUUGUAGUCAACUAUCCAGAGAUGACAUUACAGAUGUUUUCAUUUCUAAUAAAGUCUGUUUUAAGUUUAUUGUCAGACGGAAACCCUGAUCUCUUUGAUUCAAAUGGUUUUCAUAACUUUGUUAUCUCUUUGAUUCAAAUGGUUUUCAUAACUCUGUUCAAAUAUUCUUUAGUACCUCGAUUGACCCAUAUAUUUCAUGAUUUAAAUAAUAACUUUCCAACUUGCCUUUAUUUUGUUACACACCUUCCUUAAAAUGGUAAGUAAAUAAUUAUUGUGAUACAGAAAACCUGUCAUGAUACUAGAAUCUAAAUUCCUAAAUUGCAACAUUUGGUUACAUUUUACUUUUUAAAUAAAUAUUAGGCAAUUGUUUGAAAAAUAACUCAUUUGACAUGACAAACACUCACUCCCUUCCCCAUGUUUUGUAAUAAUAGCACCUUCCUCCUUGAACCUUCUGUAAUUGUUAAAUGGCACCCAAAAUCCUUGAACAGAAGUAUAAAUUUAAACAAUUAUAUAUAUAUAUAUAUAUAUAUAUAUAUACAGUUGAAUUUCGUUGGCUUAAACCCUGUCGGUGCUCGAGAAAGUGUUCGACCCAUCAGGUAGUUCAACCGAACCAUUCGAUCAACAUCAGAUAUUUCAGUGACUUUUUCAGAAAUUUAAAUUAGAUAUAUAUUAUUUUGGUAACUGCAAACUUUAAAAUUUCAUCAAUGUAUUAUAUAGCAAAAUAUCUGAGUGAAAGAAUUUAUUAGAAAUUACACCAAUUGUGUGAUGCAGAAGCCCUUGUCGGUAUUAAUUAAAUGUGUGGUUGCUGAAGUGAUGACAGCUGAUUAACUCGCCCAUUGUUUCAUUUAAAACUGGUCUUGCAGACAUGUUUAAAGUCACGCUUUAUGCCGAGGCCCGUUUGUGCUCUAAUUGUUUGAUUGGUAUCACGGUUGAUCUAACAGUUACUGUAACACUAGCUGUACUUGAAAGAUCAUUACCGAUACCCGCUUAACACACAAUAUGACAGGUAUGGCAAAGAUUCAUUUAUAGCUCGUUCCGCCUAAAUAAUUAUAGCCGUCUAACAAACAACAUAAAAAAAGGAUUGUAUGGCUAUUGUUGCGAUUUCCUGAUUCAUCUAUAGUUUGUUCUGCCUAAAUAAUUAAUCAGAAGGUUUAAACAACCAACUGUGCAAACGCAGCAAUUGUUCAUCCUUUUCGGUGGUUUCCCCAUUUAAUAUUUGAUGGAUCACCCAUUCGAGGGAAAUAUAGCUAAUAACACAGACGGGAACCGAUAAUUUAGUUCGAGCGAAGGCUUAUAGAGGAAAUUAAUAUAAUAAUCUGGGGCGGCAAAGUGCAUGUUCACUUGGUAUUUAGAUUUGGUCAUGCUCAAAAUAGAUUUGAAAAUUGAACUAACUGCUUUCCAGGUAUUUUGUAUUGUGUGUAUAUUGUUUUUUUACAGUAUUAUAUACUGAAGUUAUAUUACAUGUAGAAAAUGUCAUGAACUUUGGGUAUAAAUGCUUUUAACUAGUCAUUUGAAAUUUUAUUUUUAUUUUUAUUUUUUAUACGACAUAAGGUACAGGUUUACCAUUAGAUUAACACUGCUUUUUUGAUGAACUGUUAAGAUUGUUCGAAGUGUAUAUAAUGUAUAUUUGUUAUUUUGUUAUUAUGGCACUGAUACAUGACUGUGUUUUGAGAGCAUACAUAUAGAUGUAUUUUAAUAUUAUUAUCUAUACAUGUACCUAUAUAAGAAGUUUACUAUAUAUUUUGCAUUCACAUUGCACAAAAUUUGGUGUGUUGGGUUAUUAAUCUUAUUUACCACAUUUAAUUUCUUCAAAUUGCAUAAUUUACUAAUGUACAGUAUACAGAGGCUAUUUUUGUACUCUUUAGGUCAUUGUUUGACCAGUUUUCUGAAGGAGACGGCAGUUAAAAAAUAAUGUUAUAAUACUUAUUAAAGUUACAUACCUAUAUAUUAUAAAAAUUAUUUUGGACAUUUGUUAAUUUUCAUCAUUAAUUUAGUAUUGUUAUUAUCUACAACAGAAAUUGUUAUUUAAAUGUGAUUAAUACCUUCCACUAUUGUAACAAAUAUACAUGUAUGUUUGGACCAUUUCAAACAAGAUGCAUAUACAGGAUCUCCCUUGAAAGUGAAAAUACAUUUUUAAAAUUCUGAGAUUCCACUACAUGACCAGUACUUUUUUUUAAGCUGACAUUAUAUAUAUAUUUUUUUAAAGUUAGUAGUAGUACAGGAAAAACUCUGUUCAGUAUUAUUGCGUUGUGAUUCGCUACACACAUUUCAGUGAUUGCUACUCAAUUUUCAACUGAUCACCCAACUUUAGCUAACCAAAAUUUAAAAAACAAAAUGCUCCAUGUAGUAAUAGUAGUAGCAGUUCUCCAUUUAAGCUCGCAUAUUAAUUACAAUAAUCUUUUGUGUAAAAUUAUUAUUAAUAUAAAGUAAUGAUUAUGUUGGAUAGUCACAGGCUGGUUAUGGUUGUGGAACCCUAAAUCAUUAUUUUUGUUUACAAGAGGGUACAGAGGGUAAAAUUGUGUAUCCUAAAAUUGUGGAAUUAAUGGAAUUUUUUUUUUUAAUUUUUAGAUGGACGAUACUAAGAGAACUGCCGUUUGUCAAAGCACAUGAAAUGCAGUGUCCAAUUUCAAAACUUUUAAACCCAUAACCACCUAUAGUCCUUCCGACAGGGAAUGCCUUUUCUAUACUAUGGAAUUAACUACCCGGUACAAGUUAUUUAUUUCUAAGCUGAUUGUUUUCUAAAUUGGACCAAAAAAUUGUAUAUUUUUGUCCUUUCCAACACACUUUUACUUUUCUACUUAUGUCAAGCCAAACUGUAAUUAUUUACAAAUGUUUUUUUUAUAGCAGUAUGGGACAGACUAUAUGUAUAUAGAGUAAGGGCACUUAUGGUCUGUUUUGCUUUUGUUACAUACCCUCAAAUUAUUAUCUGGCAGAAAGCCUGUUCAGAACAGGUAUUUUAGCAUAAUACUAAUUAUUAGUGUGUAUAUAUAAAACAAAAACAGUCAACAAAGAAAUGUAAUGUAUGUGUUUGGUUUGUAUAGCAUGGAAAUGAAAUGACUGUUUUUAAAGAUGUAGCCUAGUGGUAAAGUGCAUUCCUGAUGAGCGAUUGGUCUAGGAUUGAUCCCAGUUGGUGGGCCCAUUGGGCUAUUUCUCGUUCCAGCCAGUGCAUCAUGACUGGUAUAUCAAAGACUGUGG